GCCAAGCUUUUUGCCAUAUUAAAAUCCACUUGUGUCGAUUGUGUUACUGAAUGACAGCUAGGCUAACGACUAGAUUCGAUCCAGCAACAGCCUAGAUUAUCAAUUUCCUCUUGUUUAGACCUCAAUACGAAGGUCAAGAUGUUUGAGGAGGCUAGUGAGGUGUUCGAUAACAUGUUUAAGUACUCUUUCCCCCUGACUUUCAUUGUGUUUAUCCCUGCGGUGCUGAUUCUCGUCUCACCCCUUCCAGCUGAAGCCGCACAUGAAUUCACCGUGUACCGCAUGCAGCAGUAUGACCUGCAGGGACAACCGUACGGUACCAGGAAUGCCAUAUUGAACACAGAGGCCCGCACAGUGGAGGCGGAAGUGCUAAGCCGCCGCUGUGUCAUCAUGCGGCUAGUGGACUUCUCCUAUGAGAGAUACCAGAAAGCCCUGCGCCAGUCCGCUGGGGCUGUGGUCAUCAUACUCCCCAAGAAUAUGUCCACCAUGCCGCAGGACAUAGUACAGCAGUUCAUGGAGCUGGAGCCAGAGAUGCUGGCCACAGAGACCAUUGUCCCGGUUUACUUUGCUCUGGAGGACGAUGAGCUGCUCUCCAUCUACACACAGACCCUCACCUCCUCCUCCUCCCAGGGGUCCUCCUCUGCAGCCGAAGUGCUGAUCCACACGGCCACAGCUAAUGGCUUUCAGAUGGUGACGAGUGGGGCUCAGAGCAAGGCAGUGAGUGACUGGGCCAUCACCAGUCUAGAGGGGCGCCUGGCUGGAACUGGAGGAGAGGACCUGCCCACCAUUGUCCUGGUGGCUCACUAUGACUCCUUUGGUGUCGCUCCGUGGCUGUCCUAUGGAGCAGACUCUAACGGUAGUGGGGUGUCUAUGCUGCUGGAGUUAGCCAGGCUCUUCUCCAGACUCUACACCUACAAGAGGACACACGCUGGGUACAACCUGCUUUUCUUUGUCUCUGGGGGAGGGAAGUUCAACUACCAAGGCACCAAACGCUGGCUGGAGGACAACCUGGAUCAUACAGACUCCAGUCUGUUGCAGGACAAUGUGGCGUUUGUGUUGUGUCUGGACACGCUGGGGAACGGAGACGGUCUGCACCUUCACGUGUCCAAACCCCCUAAAGAGGGAACCGCCCAGUACGCCCUGCUCAAAGAGGUGGAGACUGUGGCAUCCAGCCAGUACCCAGAGGUCAAGUUCUCAAUGGUGCACAAGAAGAUAAACCUGGCGGACGACACACUGGCGUGGGAGCACGAGCGCUUCGGGAUCCGCCGGCUGCCGGCCUUCACGCUGUCCCACCUCAACAGCCAUCGCGAGGCGCAGCGCUCCAGCAUUAUGGACGUGCGGUCAGUGUCCCCCUCUUCUCAACAUGGAGCGGGAGAGCCACCUGCUGGACCUCAUGUGGAUCUGAGAAAGCUCAGCAGGAACACGAAGCUGAUUGCAGAGUCACUGGCCAGAGUCAUCUACAACCUCACAGAGAAGGGUGCCCCAGGUGACCUGCAGAUUUUCACUGAGCAAAUGCAGAUGCAGGAGGAGCAGCUGUCGUCGGUGGUGGACUGGCUGACAGCCCAGCCGCGGGCCGCCCAGCUGGUGGACAAGGACAGCAGCGUGGUCAGCACCCUGGAGUACCACCUGGGAUGCUACCUGAAGGACGUCCGCAGGCACUACGUCAAGGCUGACAAGAGAGACCCAGAGUUUGUCUUCUACGAUCAGCUCAAACAGACCAUGAAUGCUUACAGGGUGAAACCAGCCAUCUUUGACCUGCUUCUGGCAUUCUGCAUUGCAGCCUACCUCGGAGUGAUAUAUCUGGCCAUCCAGCACUUUGUGGUUCUCUACAGUGUGGUGCGCAGAAUCACAGCGCCCAAGACCAAGCAGCAUUAAGCCCCUCUUCUUCCUCUCAUUCAGACUCCUCCCCUCCUCACACCGACAACGAGCUCUAGCCAAUAACAAAACGGGGGCGGACCAAGCAGCUCUUUUUUUUUUUUACCCAAUCUAUCGCCUUUGUUCUUCUUUGGAAAUGAAACGUGUUGAAUCAUUUCUCUCUGCCAAGAUUAGCCAUCUAGUCGAUUCCUUCAAUGGCUCUCAAGUCAGAAUGCACUCUGGUCUUCCUGUCCUCCUGCAAUCAGAUGUCAAACGUUACCUCGUACGCCCAAUCCCACAUCAACUCCUAGUCCCUAACCCCUAUUUUCCCCUAUGAUCUGAGAGAAUUUGAUAGGUGUAAGCAAUAUGGGAAUAGCGUUACCUUGUGCUCAGGUAGGCUAGGUUACAUUUUCACCAGUUUGCUUACACCUAUCCAAUCCUCUCCACAAGUGCAUAAGGAGUAGGUACUAGAGGUUGAUAUGGGAUUGGGCAUUUCUAUACCCACAGCUCACUCUUCAGUGCCCUAUAGUGUGAAUUUUGCCAAACUACAAGUCUUCUUGGGCAGCUAUGGAGUAGCAUGACUGUGCAGGAGUAGCAGUGAGACUCUGUAAUAUUGUUUGGAUGGAUGGUUGAUAUAUUUGGUCACCCUGACUAGAUUAAUUUUUCUAUAUGAUUUAUUUUUCUCUAACCCCAAUUUGUUUUUUAAGAAAUAGUCUAAAUUAAAUGUUGAAUAGUGUGUAGAUGACAUGACCGAUGGCCUUGUUGACUGAACUAAUUAAAUACAGUGCCUUCAGAAAGUAUUCAUACCCCUUGACUUAUUCCACAUAUGGUUGUGUUACAGCUUGAAUUCAAAAUUGAUUAAAUAUAUAUUUUUCUCACCCAUCUACACAAUACCCCAUAAUACCUACAUAAUACCCCAAAGUGAAAAAAAAUAUGUGCACACCCCUGAGUAAAUAGAUGUUAGAAUCACCUUUGACAGCAAAUACAGCUGUGAGUCUUCCUGGGUAAGUCUCUAAGAGCUUUACACAC